AUGGCAUCCCGAAUCGAAACAGCCAGUGACGCAUUAGCAAUUUUGUACAAGACAGGCACUCUGAAACAGCAUAAGGAAGAGGGCAACGAUAAGCAGUUUCACAGCAACGGCAUGAACGGAAGGACAAUCGGUAGAUCAUCUUUUGAUGGUAAUAGCUCGCCCAAGACAUACGCGAAUGUCCUGAAACAGGAAGAACAUCAGCAUAGCAACGGCAUAUCACCAGGAUUGACUGAUGAUCGAAUGAUUGCUUUCGAAACUGCAGGCAUUGCACCCAAACACGACCCAGAGCAGCCUGAAAACGGAGAUACAAAGCCAUAUCUCGACAAGGCAAAAGUGGCGAAGCUCACCAACGGCAUCUUGAAACAGGCCUACCAACAGAACGCCAAAGCCGAGUUCACAGAAGCUGUGAAUGCCAAUCACGUGUCGUUUGACAUGACAGCGAAUGCUUAUAGCAGCGAACAGCAACAAAAGCCACAGGCUGACAAGCAGCAGCUGGAGCAACAACUUCACAACCUCGAGAACUACAUGGAGCAACGAAAGCAGGACCAGAACGCGCGGGAGAACAAUCAACAAAAUGGGCACCACGACGAUGAGCAGAACAACCAACAGCAUGAUCAAGAUUAUGACCACCAGGACAAUCAAGAACCAGAGCAACAGAAUGAGCAGCCUAACGGUCAAGAUGAUGGCAAUGAAGACGACACCUACUAUGACCGCGAGGCCGCCCAGAAUUUCACCUUCUCAGUAUUGAGACAAACUCGUAACACUUCCUACCUCGACUUCACCAUCUCCAAUAACGACACAGACUACAAAGUCAACUCCCUAAUCAUCAGCUCUCUCUCUACAGCCUUCCAAGAAGUCAUCAUAGCAGCAAAGGACGCCAACGAAUCUCGUGUCGAGCUCAAGUCGGAUUCUCCUCUCGCAGUCAAGACGAUGAUCGACUUCUUCAAAACACUGAACUAUAACACACCAAACACCCUUUCUCGCCUCGAGGCAGCACAACACCAUGUUGCUGUAUACCUGAUCGCGGAGAAGUACGACAUUCCUGGUCUUCGAGACUUGGCAGUCUGGCGAUUCGAAAGACCAUUCUCGGAUUGGGGAUACAGCAAAGACGUGCUAGUCCGCAUGCUCCCAGACUUGACACAAUUCGUGUACGGUAACACACCAGAGAAGUGUCCACUCCGAGUGGCGCUCUUGAGGAUCUGGGCGAAUGCUCUGAGGCCGAGAAACUUCGAGAGUGUUGACUUUGAGCCGCUGAUCGAUGAGUUCCCGAGCUUCGGGGCGGACAUUAUCCACGUACUUGCGAGAUUUGCUAGUAGGAAUGGUGGACAUGAGCAAGGGUGCGAUGAUUAUGGGAACUCCAUGGGGACAGAUGGGUUCGAGAAUGGACGAGGGGGAGGACAAGGGCAGAACAGAUACAACGACAACGACGACGAGAACAGUGGUUGGGAUGAAGAAUAA